AGUUUCUCUAUCAUUACAGCACUAUAGUUAUCCCUUCGCCCUCACCAAUAACCUUGAUAUCCAAUGGCUUUGUCCGGAUUAACCCCUGUCGGCCUCGCAUUUAUCAUCAUCGUCCUCCUUACGAUGUCGGCAGGAUUCGGCGCAGUUAUCUGGUUCUCAUGGAUCGCGCCUUGUCGACUGCGCCAUCGCAAAGUCCGUGCACACGAAAGGUUUCUUCCUGAAGACCGGGAGAAAGUCCAGGAGUCAUUACCAUCAAUUCACCGUUCCUCUACCCUCGAUCUACUUGGCUCUCCGUUUGGCAUGGACGAGAUGGACCAGUCUCCUGACCUCGCGACUCCUCGCGACUCGCCUGUCAUAGAAUUCGGACUGGUUCACGCUAUCACUCCCGCCAUUGCGAUGUUUUGCAGGCAGGAUGCGGAUUUACCUAUGCCUUGUGCCGCUCAUACCUCCGAGCGAAAGAUUCGCUUCCCAACCUCAACUACUGACGGACGGGACGCUCAAUGGUGGUUCUACUAGUUGCAGCUCGUCGAUCUUAUGCUGUCGGAGUCUUGACCUCGUACUAGUCCUAGACUCUGCUUUCUGCUUUUCUUAAAUGUCUAUUCCCUAUCGUUUCUGCCUUUCGUACUGCAUACCGCUAAUACCGUCUAGACGUUUUUUGCUGACACGCGAAUAAAGUCCCUUGGGUCAC